UUCAAAAGAACUCUCUUUCCCCCUCUUCCUUGUAACUAAAGAACAAACAUCUCACCACUUCUCCCACCCUCUCCAUCCUUCUUUUACAGACCUAGAGCACCAUUAUCUUUAAUCCGUCGUCAUAAUCUAUGAAAAACACCUCUCUUUCCCCCUCUUCUCUGCUACCAACAAACAAACACCUAACCACGUCCCUCACCCUCUACAUCAUUCUUUUGCAGACCUAGAGCACAGUCAUCUUUAAUCCGUCAUCGGAACUAGGGUUUUUAGAGAUGUUGUAGUUGAAGAAAAUGCAACUUCAAACCUACACGGACACCACCACCUAUUCUAGUCGGAAACACCAUCACCACCGAGACAACUCUCUAAAAACGCUUAUGGCCUUUCAAGAAUGAUAGAUAUUUGAAAAUCGAUUUCAUAUGCAUGUGUUCAUAUCAUUAUGGAUUUAGGGUUAAUGGAUUCAAAGAAGUAGACGGUGACACUGAAUCAAGUCGCAGCUAAAAUCAUCCAAUAUAUGGAAUCUAAAAUCGUGUGUGCCUUGUGUUCUUGGAGAAAAUCACCAACCACGACCACCUCUAUUGGAUCUCCUUGUACCUAGACGGAGGAGAUGAAUUGAAAUAGAUGUGCUCUGAUUUUCUUGUGUUGGUGUUGAUCGAUGGUGAUGGGAGAAGAAGUAACGGUGACGACUAAAGCUCCAAGGAUGUUUCUGAUGGUGGCCAGACAUAACAGCGACGAUUGGGUGGCUUUGGGGAGGACAUAUGAUGGGAAGAAGUUUAAGGGAUUAUUAGAAAGGUUUUUGGUGUUGUUGGGAAGUUUUACUGUUGGGAGUUAUAUUCCAUGGUUAAGGUGGGUAGAUCGGUUGAGUGGAUUAGAGGGAAGAAGUAACGAGGUUGCUAAACAAUUCGAUGAGUUUCUUGACGGUGUUAUUGAAGAACAUGUAAAUAAAAAAGUGGUUGGCGUUGAAGCCCAAGAUGUCGUUGAUAUCUUACUAGCAAUUCAAAGAGAUAGUAUGACGGGAUUUCGUCUUGAACUAAAUGAGAUUAAAGCUAUCAUCUUGGACGUAUUUGCUGCUGGAACUGAUACUACGUUUACAAACUUAGAGUGGGCAAUUAGCGAGCUAUUAAGACACCCGCAAACUAUGAAAAAACUGCAACAGGAGGCACGAGAAAUAGGUCAAGGAAGAUCAAUGAUCACCGAAGACAACUUAGAUAACAUGCCGUACUUAAAAGCCGUUCUCAAAGAAACCCUACGGCUACACACUCCGAUCCCACUACUUGUUCCUCAUGAAUCGACACAAGAUGUCAAACUACUUGGCUACGACAUCACAGCAGGAACACAAGUGAUCAUCAAUGCAUGGGCGAUAGCGAUGGAUGGUUCCAUAUGGGAAGAACCAGAUAAGUUUAGGCCAGAGAGGUUUUUGGACACACCUAUUGAUUACAAAGGUUUUCAUUUUGAGCUGAUACCAUUUGGUGCUGGGCGCCGAGGGUGUCCUGGUAUUCAGUUUGCCAUGGUUGUUAACGAGCUUGUUUUGGCUAAUUUGGUGUAUAAGUUUGAUUUUACAUUAACUGGUGGAGAGGAUUUGGACAUGAGUGAGACCAUUGGUCUUACUGUUCAUAAGAAGUGUCCUAUUCUUGUUGUAGCAACUCCUUGUGUUAAUUAGUAGUUGAUGGCUGUUUUGGUUUGUUUUGAGUGGAGUUUGAGAGUUUAUGAAACUAUAUACUACUUAAAUGUCUUUAGUAUAUGCGAAACCUAUAUGUAUGGAAAAAUGAUAAUUUUGUAUUGAUUAUACAAGUGAAACAAUAUCUUCCUUACA